UAUUCCAGUAUAUUAUCAACUUAAUUAACUAACACUUCUUUUAUAACAAAAACCACACAUCAAUUAGUAUUUUCUUGUUCCUUUGAAGUGCACGCUUAUUGAUCAUGUCGUUUAAGGAAGAUCUGAGAUCACCAUUGCAACCACCAACAUACGGGAAUCUAGUCACGAUUCUGAGUAUCGACGGUGGCGGAAUACGAGGGAUCAUUCCAAGUGUGCUCCUUGAUCUUUUGGAAACUGAGCUUCAGAAAUUAGACGGUGAAGAUGCAAGGCUUGCAGACUAUUUCGACGUUAUUGCUGGGACAAGUACGGGUGGUCUUGUCACAGCUAUGUUGGCCACUCCAAACGAAGAGGGGCGUCCGUUAUUUGCGGCCAAGGAUGUUAAAGAUUUCUAUCUUGAACAUUGUCCUAAAAUAUUUCCCCAUCACAGCAAUCCUUUGGCUCCUGCUGCAAAUGUAGUGAAAGCUUUAACGGGACCAAAAUACAAUGGUGAAUACCUGCACAAAGUUAUUCAAGAAAAAUUACAAGAUAAACGACUCCAAGAUACCUUAACAAAUGUUGUAAUUCCGACGUUUGACAUCAAACAUCUGCAGCCUACAAUCUUCUCAAGCUACCAGUUAAACACAACUCCGAGCCUUGAUGCCAAGUUAUCAGAUAUAUGUAUUGGAACAUCGGCAGCUCCAACUUAUCUUCCUUCUCAUUCUUUCAAAACCGAAGAUUCUGAAGGGAAUUUAAUUAGAGAAUUCAACCUUAUUGAUGGUGGAGUGGCUGCCAACAAUCCGACUUUGGUCGCGAUAAGUGAAGUAACCAAGGAAAUAACUAGAGGAAGUCCAAAUUUUUUCCCGAUAAAGCCAACAGAGUAUGGGAGGUUUCUAGUUUUGUCGUUGGGCACCGGGUCUCCAAAAUUUCAGGAGAGGUACGAUGCUACAAAGUCCUCUCAUUGGGGUGUUUUAGGGUGGCUGGCCGGUGGUGGCUCGACUCCAUUGGUGGAUGUUUUUACUCAAGCUAGUAGUGAUAUGGCUGACUAUCAUAUCUCUACCGUCUUCCAAGCCCUUCAUUCAGCUGAAAAUUAUCUUCGAAUUCAGGAUGACACUUUAAGUGGUGAUUUAGCCUCCAUAGAUAUGGCAACCAAAGAAAACUUGGGGAAUCUCGUGAAAGUGGGCGAGGAAUUGUUGAAAAAACCAGUCACCAGAGUGAAUCUAGGCACGGGCUUAUCUGAGCCUUACCAUCACACUACCAAUGAGAUGGCUUUGAAAAAGUUUGCACUCAUACUCCACAAGGAGAAGUGCGUCCGAGAGCUUAGAUCGCCGAAUACUAACAAAGGAUGGGUUAACCAUGGAAAGUCACUCGCAGAACAAGGUAAAGUUUCGCAAAGCAUGCUCGGGACAGGGCCGAAUACAGUUCAUCACGAGUCUCUUGCAGAUUUACAUAAGCUCAACCUGAAGUAACCAGAUUACCAGCUUAAUUUGUUGUUCAAGAAUAUUAUUAUUAUUGUUAUAAGGAGUAUAUGUUAAAUCGUUUAAGUUUUGAAAAUCUUUUAAAUAGUUGGAUACAAGUUUGUAGCUCAAUAAGUACCAAUUCGAUCUGGUGCAUUUGUUCAUCAAUUAAGAAUUAAGAAUAGUAAUUAAUUGUUCA